AUGUACGGAGGAGAUGAGGUAUCCGCUAUCGUGGUAGACCUAGGCUCUCAUACUUGCAAAGCUGGUUACGCCGGCGAAGAUGCUCCCAAAGCUGUCUUUCCGUCGGUUGUUGGAUCAAUUGAUCAAAUGGAAGUUGACGAGCCAGAUAAUCCUGACAAGAAUUCCACUGCUCCAGAUUCUAAAUCCAAGAGUAAGCGAAAAUUAUAUGUUGGCACUCAAGCCCUGGGAUAUCGCCGGGAUCACAUGAAGGUGCUGCCUUCAAUCAAGGAUGGGAUAGUCGCUGACUGGGAUAUUGUUGAAAGCAUAUGGGAUCAUGCCUUCAAGGAAUGCCUCUUGAUUGAUCCAAAGGAACACCCAAUGCUGCUUGCUGAGCCUUGUACUAAUUCACAACAACAAAGAGAAAAGGCAGCAGAGAUUAUGUUUGAAAAGUAUCAUGCUCCUGCGCUAUUUUUGGCAAAAAAUGCUGUCCUUACAUCUUUCGCAUCGGGGCGUGCAACCUCUUUAGUUGUGGAUAGUGGUGGGGGAUCUACUACAGUUGCUCCUGUGCAUGACGGAUAUGUACUCCAAAAGGCUGUGGUAACAUCUCCGAUUGGUGGAGAAUUCCUCACGGACUGUUUGCUUAAAAGCUUGGAAAGCAAAGGCAUUGCUAUAAAACCUCGUUACUCAUUCAAGAGAAAAGAAAUUCAUCCUGGAGAAUUUCAGAUUGUAGAUCAGGAUUUUCCUGAUACAACUGAAAGUUACAAACUGUAUUGCCAGAGAGUGAUCGCUAGUGAUAUUAAAGAAUGUGUAUGUCGCGCUCCAGACACUCCAUAUGAUGAUACUUCGUACUCAAACAUACCUAUGACACCUUAUGAGCUGCCUGAUGGACAGACAAUAGAGAUUGGAUCUGACAGAUUCAAGAUCCCAGACAUCCUCUUCAAUCCUUCCUUGGCUCAGACUAUUCCUGGUAUGGAGUACUUUGCGGAGACUGCUCCUUCUGUUCGUGGCCUUCCACAAAUGGUCUUGGAGAGCAUAAAUAAAUGUGAUGUAGACAUUAGGAGAGACUUAUUCAACAGUAUAUUGCUUGCUGGGGGCAGUGCAUCAAUGCAACAAUUGAAGGAACGUUUGGAGAAAGACUUGAUAGAGGAAUCUCCACAGGCAGCAAGAGUGAAGGUUUUGGCUAGUGGAAAUGCAACAGAAAGGAGAUUCAGUGUUUGGAUAGGCGGGAGCAUAUUGGCUUCACUUGGUUCCUUUCAGCAAAUGUGGUUUUCAAAGUCGGAGUAA